AUGCAUGUUAGCAUCCAUGUGUGGAUAUGUAAAUUUGCAGGGCUCUAUAGCAGCACUAAGGGUUUCCAUGGCUAUGAAGUACAGAAGCAAAACUGUUCUUGGCUCUUGGUAACACAUCAACUCUGUGCAAAAGAGGAUGUGAUGACAGCAUUACAGAAAGCCACUGGUGACACUGUAUUCAAAUUUGAACCAUUCAUUCUUCAUGUGCAGUGUCAAGAGUUGCAGGAUGCACAGCUUCUGCAUUCCGUGGCUAUAGAUUCUGGAUUCAGGAACUCUGGUAUUACAGUUGGCAAGAGAGGUAAAAUUAUGAUGGCUGUCCGGAGUACUCAUUGCUUAGAAGUUCCAUUAAAUCACAUGGGGAAACUGAUGGUCACCGAAGAAUAUAUUGACUUUCUGGUACAGAUAGCUAAUCGGAAAAUGGAAGAGAACAUGAAGAGGAUUGAUAGGUUUUACAACUGCCUACAGUUAGCUUUGAAAAAUGAACUCAGUAUGAGUAAUUCACCUCUUGAAAUGAUACAAAAGUCUCAUUCUGUGUACACUCACAGAAGAAAAAGAAAACCAGAUAAAGAUCCUGGGACAUACACUUCUCCAGAGAAUAAGGAAGAGUCAGAAACCGAAGAUGACCCAGAAACCAAUCUCAAUUUUUUUUGCUGAAGUCUAUUGAUACAGGAUGAGACCUAUUUUCUCAUAUAGGUGUAGUUCUGUGAACACAGAUUGCUAGCUUUAAUAGUACUUAUCUUGUCCUGCUCUUUAUAAGAGCUAUUUAUACUGUUGUGUUCUAGGAAAUUAUACUGUCCUGAAAAUUUACCCUGAAGAUUGUGUUCACUUAAGCAAUUCAGGAAAGUAGAAUUAUAAAAUGUCCUUUGAUUUGCAGAAAAACAUCACCUAAGCAUGGAGAACAGAAAUAUAGAAGCAUAUUGAAAUUAUGAAAUAUAUGUUAACGGUGAACAGAACAGCUGACAGCUUUAAUGUGUACAGAGGUGUACCUCAAACCAUGUUUGAUAAUCUCUAAUAAAAGAUUGAUUUUCUA